GUUUGCUUAUUGUUGACUGUAUCGGUUAUAUACUGGUUGGAAUAGGAUUUUUAAUCUUUGUAAAACUUAAUGAAGGAAUUGUAGUUGGAGACAGGUCUGCUCACACGGCUGUUCUCCAUGUUCCUCAAGUUCUAUAUUUUGCAACCUUCUUCACAGGCCUUAGCUUUGCCUUCACCGUCCCCCACCUUGGAGACUUCAUGGUCUUCGUGAAGAGGAAUAAGAAGAAUGUUCUCCUUCUCGGAAUCUUGCUUGCUGUUGUGAUAAGGUUCACCACUAUGGCUCAUCCUUACUUACUUGCAGACAAUAGGCACUUAACCUUCUAUCUUUGGAGACGAGUAUUUAUGAAGCAUUGGUUGAUCAAGUACCUCUGUAUUCCUCUCUACAUCUUCUCUCUCUGGAGUGUGGCUAGGUGUCUGGCUAAGUCAGAUCUUAUGCUAAAGAUAGUGUUUCCUGUGUGUGUGUUUGCUUGCCUAGUUCCUCAACAACUUCUAGAGUUCCGAUACUUCAUAGUUCCCUUCCUCAUCACCAGACUCCAGGUUAAACCAAGCUCUGUGAUAAAGUUGACCCUGGAGUUCCUCGCACUGGUUCUCAUCAACUCUGCCGUCUUCUACCUGUUCCUGUACAAACCCUUCACUUGGGAGAAUAACCCUGGAGAGAUGCAACGGUUUAUGUGGUGAUAUCAGGGGUAUAAAUAUAUAUAUAUAUAUCAGAUUGGAUAGGAGGGUACCGAUAAUCGAUAUAAUUUCUGUGAUUUUCUACAGUGGUUGCUAAAAUAAUGUUGAAUAGGAGGAUGAUUUAAAAUGAUUAGACCUUUAACAAAAGAGAUAUAAAAUCGUUAAAGGAUUCCACACUAUUUUAGAGAUCGCAGCCCACACUUUUUCUCAGAUUUUCUUUAAUGUGAUUUAAAGACCGGUUUGUUUAUUUUUUGUGUCAUGUUAUAGUUCGCUGUCAUUUUUUUCA